CGACCCCGGCACGUGAGCAUCACACACAUGUUCAUCGUAUAACCCUGUAACCAUUAGAUCUAAUAUAUGUGCAAUACGUUCACGACAUCGUAUUUCAUGGAACUUCAUCAAUACAACUUUGGGGAGAUAUUGAAAUGAUCUCUGGUUGUUUCAAAUGAUAUAUUCGCUAUCGAUCAAUUGCAAAUAAUAUAGAACUUUUUUCAUCAACUUGUUUUAAUUUUGAGAAAUUGGACAUUAUGGAUGAACAGAAAAAUUAUUUGCUUGAUCUGAUUGAUAUUACAAAGCGACUGAAGCUGGAGCCACUUUCGGAUAUCAGCCGGAAGCCAUCGGGGCGACAGUACAUGGCAACGCGAAGAGGCUACCGAAAGAUAUCCAGUGGAACCAUGCUCUAUGAUCUUACAGAGUGUAAGGAGCAAGAAGGCGGUACCGAAAAUGAUCAUGUGUUUAAGAAGAUGAACAUGUCAGAGAAACUCAAAUAUGUCAAUCAAUCUAGGAAAGAAAUCGCUGAAAGGAACCAGGCACUUUCGCAACAGCUUCUUCACAUUUACGUACAAAUCCGCCAAAUUAAGGUUCAACAAUCCUGUAUGUAUCACCAAGACCUAUUAGAUGAUGUUUUCCGGGACAUAAGCGACGAAAAAGAUGUACCGGAUGUAUGUGAUCUACCCGUUCGGAAGCGGAACAAGACCUUACAACUAUUGGGUGUGACGCGGAUGAAUAUUAACUCAAAGCGUUUUUCAUGUUCGUGACAAUCUACUUUCCUAAGUAAUUUAACGUAUAAGGGGAGAUAACUAGAAUAAAAAAACGGCUGUUUUAUAUUUUAUAAGUACUUAAAUCAGAAUUAAUGCUGAGGACUUUUGAACGAAUUUCCUUCAAUUUUACAACUUCGUAAUAAAAAUGGAGUGUCCUGUGCCAUUUUACAUGUAGUUUUAACUUUAUUUUAUCAUCGGUAUAAUAUUCCAGUAAUACAAACAUGAUAUACAUGUAGGAUUCGAAAACAAGUAUAAAGUAUUUAUGUUAAUCCGUCUCCGUUUUUUGUAAAAUGGCGAUAGGACGGCUCUGACGAAUAGUAUGCAUAUAUAUACAUGUAUAAGUAUUUGGAAGAGAAGAGGACGGGGGAGGUAGAAAGGAAAGAGGUGCAAAAGGGUCUAAAGAAAGUGUUGUUGGGGGUAAAAUAUAUAAAGGAGUACAUUACAUGUGCAAUUUUAAAGAACUUUUUGCGAAAUAAUAUUUUACAAUAUCAUAUUUUAAGUACAGCUAGCCUGCAAAGAAGUUUAAAAAAUUAUACUUGCCUGUUCUAUAAUAUUUUACUAACAUAUUUCAGAACCCGUGUUUCGCAAAUCGUUCUACUUGAAUUCUGUAACAAAA